GUGGAUUUGCAAAAGACAUAUUUGAUAGUGGUACCUUAGACACUUGUUGCCUCUGGUUUUUGUCAUAGACUGGAAAAGUGGAAUGACCAUUUCCACUGACAUCACCAUUGCCUACCUGCUCCAGGGCAGCUUCUAUGGACAUUCCAUAUAUGCUUCACUUUACAUGGAUGUAUGGCGGAGGGAUUCUGUUGUCAUGGUGACUCACCAUGUCGUCACACUGGUGCUGAUCACAUUCUCCUAUGCGUUCAGGUACCAUAAAAUAGGGGUGCUGGUUCUCUUCCUUCAUGACAUCAACGACAUUCAGCUUGAGUUCACCAAACUCAAUGUGUACCUAAAGAACAGUGGUGGGGCCUACAGGUUCAUCAAUGAAAUCAUCACUACUUGCAUCAGCUUUAGCAUUACCUGGUUUUGGUUUCGCCUUUACUGGUUUCCUCUCAAAGUGCUGUACGCCACCUGCAUAGCCAGUCUCGAGUCUGUCCCUAAUAUCCCUUUCUAUUUUUUCUUCAACUCCCUCCUCUUCACACUCCUUCUUAUGAAUAUCUAUUGGUUUCUGUAUGUCAUCCUGUUCAUGGUGAAGGUGUUAACUGGACAGAUGAAGGAGAUGAAGGAUGUGCGAGAGUAUGAGGAGGAUGAGAAUGAGAAGGCCAGGCUGCUUAACAUACCAGAGCAUGACGGAGACUAUCCUAACCUCAGGGACAAAGAAAGACAAGUGAAGAAUAAUAUUCAAAAAGAAAAGUCUUUGAAGGCCUCACCAGGACAGAAUGCCUAUCCAUUUUGCAUCUACAGCCAGGUGAACCAUAAUAAUGAAGAUUAAAUCGACCAUUUUAGACAUUUAAGACAUGAAUAGAUAUGGCUCAGGAUAGAUCUUUCUGGGCAUGGGAUUUUAAAAUAGAUUUGAAUGAAACACGUAGUAAUAUCUUUUAUUUGUUAUUUCAUCUAUGCAUGAAAAAUCAUGUGUAUCAGCCUUUGGCACUGACAGCAUUAUUAAACUGUACUGAUUUUUAAACACUAAUACCUGCUCUUUAGAAAUCUACAUUAUGGUGCUAGACCUAAAUAAGACUGAUUGCUACUGAAAGAAACACGUGUGUAUUGUAAGUGAAUGCAAUAAUGUUGAUAAAGAUGUUGGAGCACACUUUUUUUGUAUAAAUUUGCAGCAAUAUACUCAACCCUGACAUCUCUUUCAACUAUUAACCACACAGUCUUCACGUAAGCUGUAUGUGCUCACCCAGGGGAACAUGGGGGAGUGAGUGUGAUGCUGUCAUGACAUUUAAAUACACAAUAAAACAUGAAGUUGGACCAUCGAUUGUGAUGACACAAACAUUAUUAAUGCAGAUUGAGGUUAACUGAAUGUCAAUUAAAACUGAUUUCCUAGAUUAAGAAAGUUAUUGCGUGAGCCACAUUCAGUCCUG